AUGAACAACUCGUGGCCUCACUAGCUUAUGUAAGCAAUGCAUAUAAGUUUUUUGUCUCAUUUAUUAGUCCAGACUUUAGUGUUUAUUCUCAACUUGUAUUGGUUUAAACCGCAUGACCUUUUGCUAAAAGUUGAAACUCGCUUGUAUAUUGAAUUUAAACAUUAAUAUAUGUCGAAAAUUCGUCAAUAAAGUAAGUGAAAAACUUUGAUUUUAAGCUACACGUAUAUAGGCAAAUGUAGGUGCAAAGUACACAAAGGAUUUUACAUAUAAAAGUUGUUUAAUCAUGUAUUUCUGAUAGGCUUACACAGAUAUCAGGGGAUGAGUUGAAAUGAGACUUUAUUGGCAUCAUAUAGCACUUCGGCAAAUAUAUAUUGACGACCUAAGCUAGUAUGUGUCCCCAUUUAUAAUCAUGACUAUCUCAGUAUUCUGCAUGUUAAUUACCAAUUAUAAAUCGGCAAUAUAUAUGCAUGGGUUAACCAUGGUGAUUGGAGUAUUUUCUUACCAAUGUGUUAAAUGCGUAUAAAUAUUUUGGCAAAUGUUAAUCAAGAUUUUAGACGGCGAGUCAACACGAAUCAGUCUUGUGUUUGAGUCAUCAAAGAAUAGCAAAUAAAGGAAGUGAAUGUUUUGGAAAGACGAAAAACGGAAGCAUGGUUGCUCACACACAAUGACUCAAUAUUUAAAUGUACUGGAAGAAAGGUCAGCCUAGCUGUCUCUCACAUUUACGAUAAGUUUCAUUUGCUGAUUAUUCUAGAUCUUUGCAUCACAUGUUCUGAAUAAUCUUGCAUCAGCUUGAAGGACAAAUUAAGAGAAUUGAGAGAUUCAUAGAUGAAUUUGUUUUUCAUUUCGGCAGAUCGUUCGACUUUCAUUUGCUUUACAAUAUUAAAACUAUAACGAAAACUGAAAAUUCUUGAAAAUUGAAAGGGUUUUUUCUUUAUUCGUUCAACGUUAUCCUCAAGUUUAUAGUUUUGUAUGAUUUUUGACACGAAGAAAAUCAUUGAUACAGACACAUCUUGUGCAAUAUUUAACCACGCUCUAUUCCAUCCAUCCAUCACAUUGUGUGAAGAUAUUAAAAUAUACAGCACCUGCUUUGGAAAUCAUCGCGGCAAAGAUUAGCAUCACGAACGAUGACCGCUUCUAGAGCGUUCUGACAUGAAGAUACUUAGCGUCCUUGUUCCUUUCCUACUUUUUCUCAACCUAACGUCAAGCAAACCCCUCAGCAAAGAUGUCGAGCCCCCGACACGUUUGUUCAGUAAUGGCGAUCUCAAUAUUGGCGCGCUCGUCCCAGUUCAUCUCCAACGAUUCAACGAGACGCUCUGUGAGAUCUACGACCGUCGUUUCUCGUACAUUCGUUCACGAGAUGGAACGGUCCAGUGUUAUAAGCUCAACGUAGCUGGCGUCAUGUGGAGUGAGGCGAUUCGUUUCUCUGUGGAAACAGCCAAUAAACACUUCUUUUCUCGUUGGAAUUUUACUCUCGGCUAUGACAUCCGCGACUCAGUCAACAACGUCGAUGUUGCCUCAGAUGCUGCGUUAGAUUUCUCGUUGCAGCGGAAACGGCUUGAAGUGAACGAUAACAGUUCGCGUGAGUGCGCGUGUAACGUGAGCACCACCGUGCCUUACGUGGUCGCGCUAAUCGGUGGAGCACGUUCCGAAAUCUCGCAACGCGUGAACACUAUCGUCGGAACAUCCUCGCUACCUCAAAUAAGCUAUUCCAGCACCAGCGUCACGCUGAGCGACAAAAAAACUUACAAAACAUUUUUUCGGACGAUACCACCUGAUAAUUUCCAGGCUCGUGCGAUGGUUGAUAUCGUCAAGACGUAUGGCUGGUCUUACGUCGCCACUGUGGCAACGGACGAAGCCUAUGGCCGGCGAGGAAUCGAGGGCUUCCAUGAGGAAGCGAGGAAAAAGAAAAUCUGCAUCUCUACGCAGCGUUUAUUUCAUUUCAACAUCAGCUCACCGGAGACUAAGAGAGAAAUCAAGGACAUAGUCCGUGAAUUGAAAGCGGACACCAAAACCAAUGUCAUCGUGUUGUUCUGCGAACGACCGCGUGCCGUUGCGAUCCUGACUGAGGCUCAAGCACAAGGCAUGACGGGAAAAACGUGGAUUGCAACGGAGGAUUGGGGAUUUAGCGAGAGGAUUUACGAUUUCAAUUUUGCAACAGUCGGUGGGGUUUUGGGUGUGGUGACCCACGCAACCCCACUUGAAAUAUUCGAAGACUACCUGGCACGUCUCACCCCCAAAAACUCGAAUCAUAGCUACUGGCUCUUGGAGUACUAUCGACAGCAGAGCUGUAAAACGGGCGAGAAAGAUUGUAAAAUAGAUCCAUCUCUAAACGCGGCUAUGAUGCAUAGGAAUAAGGCAUCCUAUGUCAUGGAUGCUGUUUACACAGUAACGCUGUCUUUGGUAGACCAUUUCAGCUGGUGUAGCGAGCAAGGUUUAGACAAGGAACAUUGUCUGAAAGAACUUAAUCUGAAGAAAUUGAGAGAAUACAUGUUAAAAGUCAAUGCUCUUGGUGCCAGUGCUAGACACCUCAGCUAUGACAAGGCUGGAAAUCCUGCAGAUGUUUACUACAAUAUUAGCAAUCUUCAACCAGAUCCAAGCGCUCCAAAAGGAAAAAGAUUCGUCCACGUUGGAAGUUGGGUGAACGAAGUCCUGAGCAUCACUCGUCCUAUCUACUGGAACGGCGGAAAGAACGCCACCCCCGUCUCUGUCUGCUCGGUACCCUGCCCCCCUGGGCACUACUUUGUAAAAGGGGACGUGUCGUGCUGUUGGAAAUGCGUGCUCUGCCCCGGAGGAACGUUUAAAAUUGCCACGGGGAACAAGGAGUGCGAUCUGUGCCCGAACGGGUACACCUCGGACUCAAAUCGUACGCGAUGCGUGCGCAUACCUGAGGAGUUUAUCCACUGGGACUCGGUGACGUCUGCGGUACUGGUGUCGCUCUCCCUCUUCGGCGUCCUUGUAACCAUUUUCAUGUUUGGAGUGUAUUUCAAGUACCGUAAAACCCCAAUUGUCAAGGCCUCCUCAAGAUACCCCUCGUUGAUGCUCCUUAUUUCAGUAGCUUUCCUGUUUGCGUUACCAUUUCUCUACAUCGGACGCCCAAACCUCGCCGUCUGUCACCUUCAACCAAUCGCGUUUGGCCUUCUCAUGACUCUUGCAAGUUCCUUAGUGCUGACGAAGACGUUUCGACUGAUUCAGAUUUUCAACAACGUCGUGGCAAACCUUCGCGAUAAGCCCUUAGUCACAGUGAAAACUCAAUUCAUUAUGGUGGCUGUGAUCGUCAUCUUGGAGGGUAUCAUGAUCGCCGUGUUCCUCGACCGCAGACCGAUCAUGGUGAAUACCGUCGUCGAAGAUGCCGCGGUACCUAUCGACUGCGGUUCGUCCGCGAAGGAUCUCCACACGGCUGUGCUACUGUAUAACUGGAUCUUGGCAAUCAUCUGCGCGAUCAUGGCCUUCCGAGCACGUUCUCUCCCGGCAAACUUCAGCGAAGCUCGUCUCAUCUCUUUCGCAAUGUUUACGUACUCGGUGAUAUGGCUGUCGUUCCUCAUCGUUUUCUCUGGCAGCUUCAUCAACCAGUUCUCGACGUAUAUUUCCGUCUGUAUUUUAGCGACGGGCCUGGAUCUAGUCGUUUGUAUGUUCGCGCCAAAGAUAUUCGUGAUCUUAUUCAAGCCGGAGCUAAACGAGAUGCAUGUGGUUCGCGCCGAUAUCUACCGCUACACGAUGAAGCAACGCGCACGUUCACACACGCCAAACCCAGAGAGCAGCGAGAGCGAACUAACCAGGGCCCAGCUUGAAGGCUCGUUACCACGACCAAAGUCUGGGCAUAUCUUGCAAGAAUCCAAAUUGUAGCCUUUGAAUAUAUCGUGGGGAAACUUAUGCUUUCAUCGCAACUUGGAAGUGCACGUACUCAGAUAUAGGAAAGGCUCACAAUGUUCAUUCUGAUAAAAUCGGACAAGCUAGAGCCAGUCAAGAGCUUGUUAAAAUCUGGCAAGAACCAAUGCAUGUCGUUCAACUAAUUCUUUUUUUUGUGCUGAACCAACUUGUAAAGACUGCUGUUCUCUCAUCUGUCUGUUUUAAACGGCGUUGUUAAACUAGCAAUAGUUAGUAUUUAUAUUUUCUUUUCUUUGUAACUGGUAUAGCUAAUCUUUGGUUCUGUGGGUGAUGUUUUGGUCAAUAAAAUUCCUAUUUUCCAAACACUA